AUCGUGAAAUAAACAAAAUGUUGAAAAUGAAAUGAAAUGUAGUUGGGUUAAUUUAAUGCCAGUAAAAUUCAAAUACAGCUGAAAUAACAUUUUGUAUACUGCAGAAAUAAAUAUGGAUGAAGAUGCACUGGAGCAACAAGCUCUUGAUGAAAUAUUAAAAGAGACCAAAAAGAGUGCAGAAAGAGCCAAAGAAAUGGGUGCUUUGGGAUGGACCAAGUGCCCUCUGCCAUCUACAAACAAAACUUUUCUCAAAAAUAUGUUAGUCAGUACCCUUCGUAACAUUAACUCGCCAAAAUCUCGCAACAGAGCACGAGGCCGUGAAAACUUUGAUCAUAGAGACUAUCACGACACUCGUGAACGAAGAUAUAGUGAUCGUCAUGACGAUCGACGUGAUAAACAUGACAGCUACAACAAGAGGGAAAAUAAAUCAUCGAGGGAUCGAGACUCGAGCAGAAUCUCCAAAAAACACAAAAAGGUCAAAAAGAGUAAAAAGGAGGGUAAAUCGGAGAAACACAAGAGCAAGCAUUCAAAGUCGAGGAAAAGUAAAAAAUCAAAAGAUAAGAAUAAAAUUAAAGAUGCUAGUAAAGAUGAAAGUUAGUUAGAGUGUUGAUAGGGUAAACAACACAUCUGUUAAAUGUAUUUGUUUUUAUUUGUAAAUGUAUCUACUGUAUAUAUGAUCAAAUGUGGCGGUGUUCUUGACAAUCAAAAUUAUCGACUGUUUAUCAAAUCACAAUCUGAUUACAACACAGAUCCUUUUUCGUUUUAUUUUUUAUAGUUCCAAGUUUCGUUUUACUUGUCUUUACUACACUAGGAUCUGGAAGAGUUGUUAUAUAACAGGCGUUAUGGUUAAUGUGAGGAAGUAGCCAAUGAAACAGUCUGUUACGGUGACUUCUUGGUGUGUGAUGCACAGAACUGUGGGUAAACCACUAAAAACAUCAACACUGAUUGGUUAAUCAAAGUCUUGACGUCAUAGGGUCAAAAGGCGCUCAUAUGACUCCUGGCGCGACCUCCCACUACAACCGGUCAGAUCUUCAUGUAGUGUAGGCCAUCGAAAGUAUAAAAAAAGUGAAAUGAAAUAUAGAUGUGUAUUUUAAUCUGAUUGGUCAAAUCCCUGAACUUAUCAGAUUUAUAAUUCUAUUGAAUUGUUACGUAUAAAUUACUCGAGUCAUCUAUGUAAGUUAAUUAUAAUAUAAAUUACUCGAGUCAUCUAUGUAAGUUAAUUAUAAUAUAAAUUACUCGAGUCAUCUAUGUAAGUUGAUUAUAAUAUAAAUUACUCGUGUCAUCUAUGUAAGUUGAUUAUAAUAUAAAUUACUCGUGUCAUCUAUGUAAGUUGAUUAUAAUGAGUGAGUUGAUGAGUUUUGAUUGAGUUGAUUAAUUCUUGUGUUGACUGUAUUUAAGAAUGAGUGUGGUUUAUAAUCAUAAUGAUAGUCUUCUUCAUCCUAAUCAUCACGGGGAAUCUCUUUAAUAUUCGUUUCUUUCUGACAUUCUUAAUAAAAUAUUCCAGUCAGAGCAAAAUAUACAUUUUAAGACACACUAUCAGUAAUUCUCUAGAAAUGGAAGCGGUGUUGGGUGACCGAAUUAUAAUUUAUAUCAGAAAUUUGAAUGUUACAUUGAUAUUGAAAGUCACUGAUAUAUUAGGGGGGUGGGAUGGCCAAAUGGUUAGCAUGUGCGUGCUGUAUCAUUAGGCCUGUCAUUGAGUCAACUGGCGGGGUUUCGAUUCCCCUGUUAUACGUGACAAGAAGUAGGGUCACCUGUCCAACCUCGUGGGUUUUUCUCUGCAUCCUAUGGUUUCCUCCGAUUGCUAAAGACCCCUACGCACAAGCAAGUUAUUGAAAUAAAAUUGAAUCAUAUGUUAGUCCCGAAAUAACCUACUUUGUGUCGAGUGACGUUAAACUCAUCUCUCUCUCUCUCUCGCUCCACAAAUGGAAGUGAACUCCCUUAUGAAAUGUUUUACCUGUCUUCCAUCUUGUUUUUAUCUACCUUGAUCUGAAAGUUGUUAGAAAUCAACGAGGCUUGAAUCUGUGUAUUGUUGAUGGGUACUAUCAUUAUGAAUUAUGAUUAUUGUAUGAUUGACUAGUCUUGUUUUUGAGAUUAUGUAGUUUAAUACGAACCAUAGAUAAUUUUAUAUUGAACAGUAGAGAACAAUACUGUCAAACUGAAUUCAUGGUCUGACUGGACUGGUUGUUGUUUUAUUUAACAGCAGAAAACAAUACUGUCAAGCUGAAUUCAUGGUCUGACUGGUUGUUGUUGUUAUAUUUAACAGUAGAGAACAAUACUGUCAAGCUGAAUUCAUGGUCUGACUGGUUGUUGUUGUUUUAUUUAACAGUAGAGAACAAUACUGUCAAGCUGAAUUCAUGGUCUGACUGAUUGUUGUUUUUUUAAUUUAGAUAAAAUAUGUUGUGACAGGUGUAAUUAUGAAUUACAAAUGAUAUAAAUUUUAUUUUAUAAAGUAUAUUAAGAGAAAGUUACGUGUGUUAAGGACUAGUUUAGUUCAUUAGAUAGGAGCAAUUCAUGUAAAAAUUAGUCAUUUGAAAAAACAAAGAGACAGAACUGACUAGUUUCCGCUAAUGGCGUGUCACCCAUGACCUUUAUUUUAUGAUUAAUUCAAUUUUAUGUCAGAAUCUAAAUCUAAACUCUAAAUCUAGAAAUCUGUCACAAUCAGAGGGAUGGUCUCCAGCCCCCCCCCCUUUUCUCCUACACAGCUCCAAAUCACCUCGAACAAACUAAUGUGCGAAGCAUUGUCGUCGUUUUGGCCCCAAUUUGCUCUAAUAAAUGAGUAGAAAUAUUGUCUCAGCAGAUUUUAUGAAAUUCUUGGGUAAUUCCCCCCAGAUCUCAUACCAAACUGGACACUGUCUCCACCCCCCACCCCACGUGCUCAAAUUCCUGAAAACGGCCCUGGGGAAGUUAUGCUUCUGUGGCACAAAAUCAUGCUUAUAAUAGCAUGUCUUCUACAUCUAUCCAUUGGCCGAGAUUGUUCAUCUGGAUCUUCCGAUGUGGUUUCCCCUUGUUAGUGGUGCAGAACAGCUGUCUAGUCCUUCGGAUGAUACGAAGAACCGAGAUCCCAUGUAUACAUUGGAAUGCAUGUAAAAGAUCCCUUGGCAGUUGGAAUUCGAUAUAAGAGUAGGCAAUAGUGUUGCUGCCCGGGCAAAAUUUCCCUCAUAGCACACUGCAUGGCGUAUGCCCGUCUUCAUUAGCCUAGUAUAGGAGCAGAACAGUAGGACGUUAAACCCCAUUUCAUUUCAUUUUCUACAUCUAUCAUUAUUGACUGAAUCUUAAAGAGUAAGAUAUUUAUACUAAACACACAUUCUGCUGAAUCAAUGCAUUAGAUCUUAAUAAAUUAAUACCAAGGUUUUUAGAAUUAUUGUACAAUUAGUCGUUAAAGUUGUGAUGUACAGUCCUUGCAGUCUGUAUUAUAAUUUAUAUCAGAAAUUUGAAUGUUAAAUUGAUAUUGGAAGUCACUCCUGAUAUAUUAGGGGGGUUGGAUGGCCGAAUGAUUAGCGUGUGCGCGCUGUAUCAUAAGGUCUGUCAUUGAGUCAACUGGUGUGGUUUCCAUUCCCUGGUUGUACGUGACAAGACGUAAGGUUGCCUGUCCAACCUCGUGGGUUUUCGCCGGUCCUCAGGUUUCCUUCCACUGCUAAAGUCCCCUACGAGCAGGCGAAUUAUUGAAAUAAAAUGGAACCAUAUGUUAGUCCCGCAAUGACCUGGUUUGUGUCAAUGGAUGAACAGAUGUCUUGAACAGAUGUAGAUGUGUGCUAUGUCAAGUCGAUGACAAAUGUAAACUACUCAUUUGAAUGUUCUGUUAGUGAAGUGAUGUUUUAGUCUUUGAAGAAAUUUACAUCAGGCAUGAAGCUGAUAUUAUGAUAAUCUUCUGUCUGAAGCAUGCUGAAAAAUAAAAUAAAUAGGAGUAUAUUGUUGUCACCCCUGUCCAUCCUUCCUGUGAACAAUCUGCAUAUCAGAGUUUUUUAAAUCUUUUUUUUGGGAAAUGUGCUGAGAUUGAUUGGCUAGACUUAUUUAGGAACGCUGCUGAAUAUCAGAGUUAGACAUUGACUUUUUACUGUAGCCUUGUAAAUGCUCUAAGGGUGGAAGUUUGAAAUAUUUUUUGUCAAACUUGCUGGGAUUGUUUGCCUAGGAAUAAGAAGAGAAUCUUUGCCAAUCUAACUUUUUCGGGCAGACAGAUUCCUACGCCUAUGCUGCCAAUGACUUUUAAGCCAACUUUCAAAAUACAGCUGGUUGACUUAUAUUCUAUAUUUGAAGCCCUUUCAAGAAAGGGACCCAUAAUCCCCCCAAAACUAUAUACAUAUAGCUAUCAGAAACCUGAAAAAGAGCCAGAAGAUUAUGGUGCACUUGCGAUAAAUCAUUAUCAUUUUGUAGGAGAUAUUCUCCAGAAUCAAUUACAUGUAUAUCCAUAAAUGUAAAUAAAAUGUAUAAAUACCAUUUCUUAGAUUGAUUUGUGAGAUUUUACUGCAUUGAUAUUUAAUGCUAGCCUCAACAUGUAGACUAUUUGAAUUGUAGACAUCUAUUUGUAAUAUAUGUACUAAUAAUAGACAUCUUUAGACAUCUGACAUUGUUAAUAAGAUAAACACAGAAAAGGUAUCAUUCUGAUAAAUACCAGAACUAGUAAUCCAUACAUGUAACAUUAUUGAUAGAUAAAUACUGGUAGUUUCCACAUCCAACCCACUUGUAAUGUAUACAUGGGGUUUUACAUAGGCUAAGUCUGUUCCCCAAUCCCAUUCAGACAUUCUGAAUAAAAUAUCGAUUAAAAAAUGUUGAUAGACAAUUACCGUACUGGAAAUGUAAACAGUUGAUAUUGUUGAUAAAAUUUAGACAUCUGACAUACUAGUAAUGUAUGCAUGUGAGAUUGUUGAUAGACAAAUACCGUUAAUUAAACAUAUUGUUUGUAAUUUCCUAGUAAUUUAGAUAAUAUGACAUUGUAAACUGGUACUAGUGGUGUAGACAAGUGGCAUUGUAAACUGUUAAUAGUAAUUUAGAUACAUGACAUUGUAAACUAAUACUAGUCAAUGUAAACAAAUAGGCUACUACUCGUGUAACCUUAGGUCCUUUGGGUAAAUUCUAGUAAUAGAGAGGUUCCGAAACCAGUACGAAGUCCGAACUACGAAUACGGCUUUGUACUUCGUUUUUGGCAGUUUAUUUCCGUUUCCGCCUAAAUGCGAAGUCCGAAGUCCGAUCUUUAGUUCCACGGUUGUUCACCUGAAACAAGGUAUAACACCGUUUAGUUUGGUUAAAUAAAAUGUAUCAAAUCAAAUCAAAUUUUAGUCCUCAAGAAGCUCAUCGCAAUUUCUUUUACUUUUCAUCAAAUUCGAGAUGAUUCGAUCUCAUCGCCGACUGUCCAGAAAAAAAACAAAUUUCACAGCCCGAAAAUUUGCCCAAAAUCAGAACAAUUGCCGACUUCGUUUUUUAACCACAAACUUUUCCCGAUUUCUUUGUAGAAAAUGGACAAACCGAACGCCGCUUAUGUCAAUGACAUCACACGAAGUGAUGACCUCAGCACAUAAACACUUCAUAGUUCGUAGUUCGUACUGCCUGCGGAACCUCACUAAAAUAAUCAUUAUGCAUAUUUGAUAUCUAAAUACUAGUGACCUAGAGAUAUCUGACAUAGGAUAAAUAAAUACAGGUUAUAUAGACAUUAUUACAUUGUUGAUUGAGGAUUCCUAAAUAUAAUAAACAUUCUGCUUUCUCCGUCAGAGAAGCUAAAAUGUGGAAUGAUCUUCCAAAAACUCUUCGAGAGUCUUCUUCCAGCCAUAGCUUUAAGACUAACUUAAAAACAUAUUUAUUUCAAAAAUGUUUUUGAACUGUUUUGUUGGGAAUGUGUUUAGAAACACUCAUGUCUAAUGAAGCGCUAUAUAAAUUGAACAAUAAUAAAGAUAAUAAUAAUGCAGACAUUUGACAUAGUUGAUAAUACACGACAGAUUAUAUUGUAAAUAUUAAAAUUUGACUAAGAUGCCAUGAUGACAUCUAAGAACGAAUGACUGGGAAUUUGACUUUAAAGAUUAAAAUACAUCUUUAAAUCUUUGCUUUAUUUUCACCCCAGAUACUUUUGCCCCGGUUGAUUUAGCCCCGUACUCUUGGGGCCUUCUUUUUCCUUAAUUUAUUUUUAACAGAUUUGUACGGAAUUAUGUUCAAAUAAACUAAACAAUAUUUAAUUAACACUGUCCGGUUGUUUCAUACCAAAAACGUUAAAUUUAUUUUUUAAAUUUAUUUAUUUUUUAUGUAACAAUGCUUUAAACUAUCUAAUGUUUUUGAGUAUAAAUCAAAUAAAUUUCUAAUUUUAUUGCCAAUCAAUCAAAACUGGCAAAUCUGACGAAAAUGGGGGCCUUACUACGGCUUGAAUAUUUUAUGACAUACAUACAUAUUGCAAACAGUUUGUUACUUUGUGAAUGUCUUUAUUGUGGUAGGCAGCAAUUAUUCAUAGAUUUUCAUGCCAAAACGCAAGGGAAAAAAACCCAUCAUAGGUAAAAAUUAAAAAGAGAAACGCUUAAAAGAAAUUCAAAACUCAUCUUAAAGGAAGUAAAUCUGUUUGAUUUAGGUAACUAUAAAUUAUUAAAUUCUGUUGAUCUGAUUUGUUUUUUCGAUCAGGAGGGUGUUGGAUGGCCGAAUGGUUAGCGUACGUACUGUAUCGUAAGGUCUGUUUAUUGAGUCAGCUGGUGUAAUUUCGAUUCUACGGUUGUACGUGACAAGGAGUUGGGUCGCCUGUCCAACCUCGUGGGUUUUCUCCAGGUCCUCCGGUUUCCUCCCACUGCUAAAGACCUCACCGCACAAGCGAAUUAAUAAAAAUUCAACCACAUGUUAGUUCUGAAAUGACCUAGUUUGUGUCGAGUGGUCGUUAAACCCCAUUCUCUUUCUCUAUUUCGAUCAGUUAUCCAGCAAGCUCCGUAUUAUUUAAGUCCUGUUAUGAAAGAUUAUGCGGAAGACGACUAGUUUACUAAUUUUAGCUGAUGUCAUGUAAGGUUUACUGUGUUGACAGUCAAAUACAAAAGUGAAUAAAUCUCAAAAUUUAUAAAGAAGACAGAUUGUCAUGCCACAAAACAAAUGAAUAUAUUGAAGAUACAUUGGAUUAGAUAACGAGCUGGCAGUUCUCACUAUAAAAGUUAAAAACUAGAUAAUGUAAAGGGAAUAUGCUGAAAAUUUCAGUUAGAUUGCUCCACUCUGAACCGAGAUAUUAGCGAUUGAAUUUUAGGCCUAACUUCGAUCAUCAUUACUAAAGUUGGUACGAUAAAAAACAGUCUCCAUAAUCCAUUUUUGGAUUAAAUUAUCAAUGAGCGUUGAGCAGCAAAUCAGAUUCAAAUCCAGUUAAAAUCUGACACAUAAGAUGUCAUCGAGAGUUGAACAUGGUUUGGAUAAGUUAAUUAAUGUCUAAUUAAUAAUUUAGAUAACAUUUCAGGCCCAAAGAAAGAUCUACAAUAGACAGAUUUAGCUCUUGCAUAAUGUAUGUUUAAUUUCCAUUGAAAUCAACAAUUUUAUUUGGUCCUAAAUCAAAGAGAUCUAUUUUAUUAUCAUUUCAUGUCUGUGUUAAUUGUGAAUCUAUCCUGUGUUUCAAUAAUGAUCUGAAUUAUUUGUAUAAUUUAUGAGAAAAAUCCAGACUUUAUGUGUGCACUAUAAUGCAGAAGUUGUUACUGUUUGUAAUAUUUCAAUUCCAGUUGAAAUUAAGCCAUCAUAUUUAGUACAUAAUACUUAUAUUGUAUACAGUGUAUAAGAUAAUUUGUAAUUACUUUUAAGAACGAUGAUCUAAGGUUUUAAUGGAUCCUUUGAUGUAAAUCUUUGACAUAGUAAAUCAUUCAUUCCUCUAAAUGUAUAUAUGAAAAAUUAGUUUUAGAAAGGUACUUUUAUUCAAGUUUAUAUUUUAAAAAUAUGAAUACAAUUUUGUUAGUGAAUUUUCAUAAUUAUGUGAGGUAUGAAAUAAAACUUCUUCAUGUAAAAUAUUUAAAUUUUCAUUGGUCCUCAGUUGUCUUCUUAACGGCUCGACAGUUGCGUCUGAAAGAUUAUUAUUCAAGAAAGCACAGAACUAACGAACAGAACUUAGAAGUACUUAGAAAUAAAAGAAAAAAAAUCAGUAUGUAAGCAAAGUACCAAUGCUAAAACCUGAACCAGAGCCAAGCUGUCUGAACUCAUCAAAUGGCAUCUCACACUCACAGAUUGUCUAACUUUAUCAGUUUUCUACUUUCGCUUUCCUAAAGAUCAUUGUGUACAAGCUAAUUUGUUUAAAUUAAACUAAAUUUUGUGAUGAGGGGACAUUAAAUCCGAUUUGUCCUCUUUUUCCCCUCCUAAAGAUGAGAUGGGUGAAAUGGAAAGAAUAAGCACACCGUACGUAACUAACGUACGAAAAUUAAAUGAGCACUUCUCUUCAGGUAGGGGUGGGUCUAUCGUUCAGAUUGUAAGCACACCAACCAUACAUCAUGUGAUAAAUGUUAUUUUAAGUGCGCCCCCCCACCCCACCUCCUCCACAUUAUUUAAUGAUUCAUUUAGAAAGGUAAAUGGCCCUUUAAAAUUUCCCGUUCUGAUUUUAUGGAAGCAAUAGUCUUAAAACUCUUUAAAUCAUUCUGUUUUGCUUUUGAUCUUUUGCAAUUGGUCCAAACACCCCAUACAUGAGUUGGGGAAAAAAAUCUUAAACAAAUCAUUCUUGCUUUUUGUGAAAGGUCUAUUUUAGUGCAACUUCAGGAAAAAAAUCCAACAAAAUCGGCCUUGGGCAACAGCAUGUUGAGACGCCUGUAUAACUGAAUAGGACGAUUCAGUGUUUAAUAACCACAAUAAUGAAUUUCAAUUUUAUUGUCAACCCUUUCACAAUAUUUGAAUAAAAUAUUCAACACAGGUUGUUAAUCUGUUGUCAGUUUCUAUUCCAAUUCAAUAAAACCUUUAAUACAUGUGAGAGGGUAUCUGUUCGAAACAAGCUAUUCAUAGAACAGAAUUGACUGUUACAAACUCGGACAAAAAUAUUUUAGUCCAAAUGUUUAUUUAGUAUUGCUUUAGCCUAUGUAGUGAUGGAUUUUGAGCUACCUUUAUAUAUAUUUCUAUUUUUGAUGCACGAGACAAGUACAUUUAUAUUGGUAUUUUAUGACAAAGUCAUUUGAAUUACAAUUCCACAUGCAUGUAAAUUACAAAUAUUUGCAGGGGCGGAUCCAGGAAUUUUUGCAGGAGGGGGUUUGCUGGGUUCCUGUUAAGAAAAUUUGACAUUUUACAAUGCAUGAUGCCAUCAUCGUCUCCAUCAUCGCGCUUUGAAUGCACAUCCCAUCCCACCAUCUGGUGAUAAAGGACAAAGCACACAACCGUCACACUUUUCUCAUAAAAGUGUUGUUUUACAAUUCUUUUAUGUAACU